ACAAAACACGGUCGAUUUACGUCUGCUUUGUUGAUAUACUAAAUGCGUGUCAAGUGUAUAGAAAUAACAAUAAAAAAAUGAACUCUGUGAUAUAUAGUUAAAAACUGGAGAUAAAUUGUGACAAAUAAGAGUAAAUUCUUAGCGAUAAACACUAGUGACAUCCGUUGUGAACUGACGUGUCCGAUAAUGGCUUUUCGAGGCAACUGAAGCUGUCAAGCGUUGAAUGUUUUUUCUGAUACGCGUUUAUAACGCGGAGCGCUUUUUGAGCCUUCUAAAGUAUUUGCAACGUUUACUUGAAAUAAUAAAAUGAGGAUACGUAAAUUAACGGCACUAGUUUGUGCUGUUCUUAUCUUUGGGGGCUGCAUGCUGCUGUACCUUAUGAUGGAUGUGACUUUAUUGCCUCAUGAAUUUCAAGAGAAUAAGUGGAUAAGAAUUGGAGAUCGUUUGAAAGAGCUUGAAGAUGGUUUAAACAGGCAUCAUGAAACAGUUAGUAAGAUAAGAGAUUCAAUUAAAAAUCUAAUUCAGAGCAAUCCACAGACACCUGUAAUGUCUGAGAAUGUACAACAGUUAAUGAACAAAGAUUCAGAUUCGGGUGAUUAUUGUGCCUUCGAAAUUAAUGAAGUUCCAAACACGGAUGUUCAGCUUUUGGAUCUGUAUGAAAAACUGCCUUUUGAUAAUGUGGAUGGAGGAGCGUGGAAACAAGGUUGGAAUAUAGUGUAUGAUCCAACUCAGUGGACUGAGUCAAAGAAACUGAAAGUUUUUGUCGUUCCUCACUCACACAAUGAUCCAGGAUGGAUUAAAACGUUUGAAGAUUAUUAUCAGGGACAGACUCGAAGCAUUUUAAACAACAUGGUGAAAAAACUGGGAGAAGAUAAGCGCCGUAAAUUUAUAUGGGCUGAAGUUUCAUUUUUCCAAUUGUGGUGGAAUGAAAUAACGCCUGAUAUACAAGAAGAAGUGAAAAGACUGAUUGAAAAUGGUCAACUAGAAAUUGUGACUGGUGGAUGGGUUAUGAAUGAUGAAGCCAAUACCCAUUAUUUUUCUAUGUUGGGGCAGAUGAUUGAUGGGCAUAAUUGGCUGGAAUAUAAUCUUAACAUAAAACCCAACAACAGCUGGUCCAUUGAUCCAUUUGGACACUCUCCGGUCAUGGCCUACCUCUUAAAGAAAAUGGGGUUUUCAAAUCUCCUCAUCCAGCGUGUCCAUUACUCUGUCAAGAAACAUUUAGCACGCAACAAACAAUUGGAAUUUCGCUGGAGGCAACUAUGGGAUCAUUCUGGAACAACAGAUUUGCUGACUCACAUGAUGCCAUUCUAUAGUUAUGAUGUUCCACAUACUUGUGGACCAGACCCGAAGGUCUGUUGUCAGUUUGAUUUUCGACGAUUGCCUGGGUAUGGAAUAUCUUGCCCCUGGAAGAAGCCACCACAAGCAAUCACUGAUCAGAAUGUAGCUCAGAGAGCUCAGUUGUUAUUGGACCAGUACAUGAAGAAAGCUCAACUGUUUCGAACAAAUGUUGUUAUUGCACCACUUGGUGAUGAUUUUAGAUAUGAUCAUGCUUCUGAAUGGGAUGUUCAGUUCAAUAAUUAUCAAAGGCUCUUUGAUUAUAUGAAUCAAAACAAACAUUAUCAUGUUCAGGCACAAUUUGGAACUCUUCAAGACUAUUUUAAAGCUGUACGUGAAGAAAGUUCCUUCCAAAACUUCCCAACUUUGUCAGGGGAUUUUUUUACAUAUGCAGACAGAGAUGAUCACUACUGGAGUGGGUACUACACAUCAAGGCCAUUUUAUAAACGAAUGGACCGUGUCCUAGUAUAUUACUUACGAGCAGCAGAAAUAAUAUUUGGACUAGCAUGGGGCAGUAAGAAAGAUUCAUCAGACUGGCCAAGUACUGCGCAUACCCAACUAAUUACUGAUGCUCGACAUAGUUUGAGCUUGUUCCAGCAUCAUGAUGGGAUCACUGGAACUGCCAAGGACCAUGUUGUUGAAGAUUAUGCAAAGAAGAUGCAUGAUGCUAUUACUGGGCUGCAACAUGUAAUUCAACAGUCUGCGCAUUAUCUUCUAUCUCCACAACAGGAGACCUAUCAGGACGAUCCACAAUUUACCUAUUUUGAUUUGGAUGAUGUUCGGAAACACCACUAUAGUCUUCCAGAGAAAACAACUCUAACAUUUGGAGAUGGUCAUGAAUACAGAAAAAUUGUUAUUUUUAAUUCUCUGACCUGGAAAAGACGUGAACUUAUUACAAUACGUGUUUCUACUCCAUAUGUUAAGGUAACUCAUAACAAUGGAUCCCAAAUAAUAUGCCAGGUUACUCCAACAUUUCUUCAGAAUGGAAAUAUGAUUGAUUCACAUUAUGAUGUUUCAUUCAUAGCAGAUGUGCCAGCCUUAUCUUUGGUUUCGUACUUCAUUAAUGUUUUACCUUCAGGCACUCAACUCCUUUCAGAUUCACUUUCCCAAAUAAAGCUUUUGAACACUCCUAAUAACUUCCUGAAAGUUGAUGGCUUUGAGAAUGUUCAGGUUUUUAAUGAUGCACACGAAUUUUCAAUAAAAAAUAAGUUCUUAUCUGCUGCUUUUGGUGUAGAUGGACUCCUUAAAGCUAUAACAAUCAGAAGUUCUGGCAUCACUGUUCCCGUCAGUCUAGAUUUUGCCAGGUACCUUGCCAGAGAAGGAAAAGAAAGGAGUGGUGCUUAUCUAUUUUUACCAGAUGGUGCUGCUGAAACUGUGAGAAUUGUAUCUCCCAUGAUAAGGAUUAUAGAAGGACCGCUUUUCUCACAAGUUGAUGUUGUUGUGCCAUUUGUCCAGCACACUGUUAAAGUGUAUAAUACACCAGGAGCUGAUUCAUUUGGAAUUGAAAUCCACAACUUGGUUGAUAUUACAGACCAAGCUAAUUAUGAACUAGUUAUGCGGUUCUCGAGUGGUAUACAAAAUGGUGAUGAAUUCUUCACUGAUCUAAAUGGUUUACAGGUUAUACGUAGAAAGCGACUUCCAAGAUUGCCACUUCAAGGAAAUUACUAUCCAAUGCCAAGCUUGGCAUAUAUUCAAGAUAAGAAAGUUCGCCUUACAUUAUUAUCUUCUCAGCCAGCUGGAUUUGCAUCCCUUAAAGGAGGUCAGAUUGAGGUUAUGCAAGAUCGGCGACUUAAUCAGGAUGACAAUAGAGGUCUAGGACAGGGGGUACUGGACAAUAAGCCUACACCUUCGACAUACAGGAUAAUACUCGAGGAAAGGCAGAUACCAUGCCAGCAAUCCUUUGAUAGUUACACUGGAGGAUUUGUCUCAGCCGCUGCUCAUAUUGCAUUGCACACUAUGGCAAAUCCUUUGAUGAGGUUACUGUUAGUCGACAGUCGCCCAGAUAACUUGGAGAGCAAUUUCGGCCUUGCUCAGGAUACUGGUUAUGACAUUCACUUAGUUAAGCUUCAUUCUUUCUUCCCACCAUCAGCAGCCAAAGUUGGUGUUAUAUUUUUCAGACAGCAUAUUGAUACUUGCUUUAAUAGUCCACAGCUACAGGGCAUGCAGCCAAGUAAAGGGGUGGUGAAACUCAGCAGCAUUUUUCCAUCUCAGUUUGGGGAUGUGAUGACAGAGUCGUCAUUAUCAUUCCUACAUUUACGGAAGACUAUGCCAAAGCAAACACCUCGUCCAAUUUGUCCAAUGGAGUUAGCGGCAUACGUGUUGCCACGGUAGCCGUAUUGUAUGUUGGUGAAGUAAAAUGGUGUGACAGAAAUGCUCAAUAAACAUUGACUGCAGAGUAUGCGUGUUUUGCCUGGCAGUGAAAUGUGCAAGGACUUUGGUGUUAAGCCUGCAUCAGCUGUCAGAAAACCUCUUUUAUGGUUUUCUUUUUCCUACAAGAUGAACAAAUUUUAUAUUUAAUGGGCAUAUUGCUACCUUUUAGUUUUUUAUGUGUGUUUUUGUUAUUGGAACUGGUGCAUUAUACUUACUAUUUUAAGUUACUACUUCCAAAGAGAACCAUUGCACUUAAUUUGGUUUGCUGAAAAACUGAAUUGUGUUUAGGAGGGCAGAAUAAUUUAUUUCAGUAGUACCUGUGUUUAAAUGACUCUAGUCUCAUUAUUUCAUUACCUAAAUGACUGGAUAUAUUAUAUUGUAUUUAGUGUUGAAAAUUGUGAUGCAUAUUUCACCAAGAGGGACCAUUUCAUUUUAUUGUCACAGAUUUUCACACUUUUAUGAAUAAGGUUUUGUAGACCUUUGUGUCUCAAGUGGACUGACUGCCUUUUGCUAUUAAUGGUCCCAUUGGGCUUCAGCUCAUAAAGGGUGCCCUUAAUGGAUGAAAAGAUUUUAUUUCCCCUUUGGUUCAAAUAUUUGUCCUUUUUGGGUGGUUUUAAAUUUCACAUAUUUUAUUAUGUGUGACUUUUUUUUGAAUGCAUUGUGAUUUAUAAAUAUUUGUAUAUAUAUUAUUGGUUGUGAUGUCAAAAGCAGUGUCAAAAUAAAUAAUGCUAGCUGCAGUGUCAUUGUAUCAUUAAAUGUUAUAGGUGAAUAAAAAUAAGUUUCAUUUUA